CCAAUUCUCAAAAAAUGUCUAUUGAUCAUCACAAAAUGAAACCCGCGACGCCAGAUUACUCUAAUGGGCUUAGUACGGUACUGGAAAAUAAGUCUCGCCACCAGGCCACAACUGUCGUAAUUCCGCUAACUUCAGGCGUUAUAUGGCUGUUACUUGAACAGGAUUGAGGCAAUUGGACAGGAUAGGUAUAUUAAGCAGGAAGGCUUUGCUAGCGUGAGAAUAAGUAAGAUAUUUCAUAUUAAUCGUAUGUCAAAUCACUACCUCACAUGCAGUGACUAGUCGAAUGUUCAUAUGCAUGGGUGGUGAAGGAAUCUGCAGCGGACUUGGGGUCGGCAAGCUAACUUUUUAGACACGGAGUGGACCAGGGAUCGUUUUUUUUAUUAUGUGGUUGUUGGUCAUCAUGUUGUUAGUAUUUAGUUUUCUUGUAAAAAAAAAUCGCUUUUCUUAUUAAUUGCUUUAAACUUUUUAGUUGACGUUGUCAUAAAAAAUUGCGAACCUUGUAGCGGUUACGUUUGGCAGUUCGAUUUGGACUUGGUGUCCAUGUAUUUGAGUAUCGCUCUCUUAUUAUAGGGAAUUAUAAAAAUUAUGUCACCUUUUCCUUCCUUCAGAAGCAAGUACUCUUAUUCAAUAUUUUUAGGCCCAUCCCAAAGCUUCUGAACUUUAAUUAGGUUUUUUAUUCUCGAGAGAUGAACUCUGAAAAUGUACCUGAUAGACUGAAAGCAUUGGAAGAGAUUGAAAAAAAGAUAACCAGUGCUUUAAACAAUGCAGGUAAAUUACUUUUUCUGAACCUCAUCAACAUGUCUACAGUGUAUUAUCAACCAGUAUAUUUCGUUCAUUCCAAUAAUCCUGACAAGACUACAAAUGAUAUAGCUAAAGGGCAAUACCACAAAAAUUCAUAUUGUUUUACACUUCUAGCACUGGCACUUCAAGAAUUGGGUAAAGAUAGACCGAUGGAAAAAAAUGUUGAAAAACAUUCAGCAAGCUAUAUGAAGGCAUUGGAAGAAGUUGAAACUGAUAUGCUGAUGCAGAUAAAUUAUUUAACACAGAUUAAAAGAAUCAUACAUGUAGAUGGAUUGAAUAUUUUAUGCAAAAGAAAAAAUCAUUGAAAAGUCUGCUCUUUAACGAGUGACGGAUACGCGACGAUUACUUCAGAAGUUGUUCGAGAGAAUUUCAAGGCGAUGAAAAUGUAUUUUUGAUUUACUAAUAUAUAUACCUUAAAUAUGUUUUUAAUAAAUACUAAAUUAAGUCGGUACAUUCUGGAAAUUUAUAGCAGAUAGUAUAAUUUUUUCUAACAGCGAUAACAAAUUCACAAGAUCACAAAAAAUAGAUAUAUAUCAAAGAUGAAUAUAAUCAGGCAAUAUAUUCUCUCAUUAUUAUGUUCGCAGAUGGCAUGGGAAUUUUAAAAAAGUGAUGCUUUCAUCUCAUCGUAAGUCUACGCUACCGCAAGUUACCAUGAUGAACACAAAUAAAUUAAAAUAGAAACCCAUUUUAAAUUCUCGUCGUUGUCAUGGAUUGAAUACUGUGCGACAGAAAAGUCCAUUAUACACCGAAAAAGUCGGCCGAAAAAGCUGGAUUAGGGGUAUACAUAACGUAUCUCUUCUACGAGCAAACCCUUGGAAGUAUAGAUAACAGAUGAUGCAAGAUGUUCCACAAAGGUUAUAUUUGAACAAUGUUUUUUUAAUUCUU